UUCAUGUAUGAACUUCUCUGACCUUGGAAGACAGGAUACGCAUAGAGCAAACAAGUUGAAUACAAGUUGGCGUACGCUUCAUUUCAGAGACCCAAAGGCGUUCCAGACAAAUUAAAGCUGCUGUUUUAUUCAGUUUAAUAAAGGACUCUUCAGCCUAGCACACAUUCAAGGACCAACAUCCAAACAUGAGUGGGGCGAUACAUCUAAUCUGCCUGGCUCUGUUUGGCUGGCCUGUAUCUGGUGCUUCUGUUGAAGCUCAGAAGACCUCCCAGGUCUGUUACCUCUGUAACCAUGAUAACUGCCCAGCCGUUGAGUAUGUUUAUGACCAUUUGACGGAUUUGACUUUGUGGUCGCGAGGUAAAAUGGCUGACCUCCCUCCCUGCCCCACCACCUCCCCCGCGCAAUCUGGAAAAUGCUUGUUGUGUGUUGAGAACCAGAAGGUCUACGCUGUGUGUGAAUCAGAGAUCAUCAAGCCAGUCUUUGAGGGCCAAGGCAACUCCAUGCCUAUUAUCAAAGCCAAUUGUCCCAGCAUUGUUUCAACUGAUCAGACGGUGUGUUUGUCUUCACCAGGUGGAGCUGGAGGUUUAGCCAGGCAUCCUGAUCCAAAUGUCCCCACUUUGACCCCCGAUGGCACUGGCGAGUUAUCCAAGGAAGCAAAGAUCGCUAUUGGUGUGCCAGCCACAAUCGCCUUGCUCGUCAUCCUCGUCAUCAUCAUCAUUGUUGCUUUGCGCAGAAGGACCAGAUCAAGGUUUUGUCUAGUGUCCACUUCAGAAGUCCAGUCAGGAACACCAGACCCAGUUAAAGUUAUUAAAGACCAAUGUUCAUAUUGUGUGAGCCUAGGAAAAGAGGAAGAGAUGGACCUGCAAGGAGGGUGUUAAGAUAUGAAUAUCUCAUCAUAUAUUUUCAGGGUGAAUGUUGUCUACUUCCUGUCUAGUUUUAUUCAAACCUAUGGUUUAACUUGAGGAAACAGUACGGUCUAUUAGAAAACCAGGUGUUACGAACCCCUUUUGCCCUGCAGUCUAGGGGGGAUGGAAACGAGACCCGUAACAUAUCUCAUGCAAAUUAUAACAAUGAAAAGGAACAGUGAGAACUAAAAGAAAUCCACAGACAACCUAAACCUACCGUCAAACACUUUAGGUUUAUUUCAAACACACGGUAAUGGGGUGUGGGAAAAAGGGCUGAACUGGACCCAAGGAAAGAAAUAUCCAAAAACCCCUAAGCUAGUCUUACCUGCUUCACGAACAGCUAGCUAACUAACCAAUAAAAUACAGUGGGUGCUCCGCCCAGUUCUAACUAGGGUAUUUAGACAAAGGUUUUUCUACGGGUAAUGUAUGCCCAAGGGCGACUUGGCUUGGUAUCCCCUUUUCCCACCAACAAACAAACAGCCAUUCAGCACAGCAAUACAUACUCACAUGCUAAUGGCCAAUGUGAGAUGUAGGCUCAAAAACAAAAGAGAGAUAGCUCUAGAGACAACUGAUUGGGAUUAUUUUAAACCAAGGGAAAGGGGAUGUGAUUGGGUAAGGGAAAAGGAGCAGGUGUGUCUUCAGAUUGGCGACUGAUGACUGCCACCUGUGACUAGGGCAGAAGGAGAGAAACUAUUCGGACACUACAGACGUUUACGUGAGAAGACACAUUUUUGGGAUGUCUCAUGGUCUGAUAAACACCCUCUAGCUCUGCCACCUUUCACCGCAGAUGCAGAAGUACGACACUGGCGGAUGCGGUGGAUUGAAACGCAUCCAAUGCAAAAAAACAUACAGGAUCUCAAUCUUAAACUGAGGGAUUUUGAUAGAUUUUUUGGUUAUGUAACUUAGAUUGACACACCGGUGUGUCUCUAGGGGGUUAAACCAUAUACGUUUUGGUUCACCAAGUUUGUGUGUUUUGCACAGGUCCGGCCCGCUCGUUAGGCACGAUUAGGUGGCCGCCGUUGGCGCCAGAUUGACGAGGGCGGCAUUUUCUGAGCUAAACUGGCCAUUUCUGGCCAUUUCAAUCAACCAUGGUUUUGCAUGGUUGAUUGAAACAUGAAGUUAUGUUUUUACCAUUGCAAGUAUUUGCAUUGUACUGUAAUUGCUUGUCUGGUGAGGUUAAUUGGUGUUAGUGAUUAGUGUUCUGCAGAGGUUGACCAGAAAGAGGCCUCCAGAAUAAAAUACUGUAUACAAGGGCCACAUGUUUGAGUUCAUAAAUUCUCCUCAGACAUCGAUCUGGACUGAUCAAGAGGGUUAAUUUUUCGGGUUUCUUGUAAAAAUCUUGACAGUCCACUAGCCAACUAUAAAAGCAUGAAGGAUGCAGUCAUAAUGUCAAAAUGAAUUCAAGUUCUUUCCUGUGUAUUGACAGUUCAUGCAUAAUCUAUUCCGUCCUAUUUUAGUCUUUGUUCUAUUUGAUUAUACAAAGCCCUAUUUACAUGCAAGGGAAUCUACAGCCAUCAAUAUCCUGGUGCAAGUGAUGCUCAUCUUAUGUGCUCGUUCCUUGUCUAUUUUCAGAAUAAACAACACCAGAGAACUGGGA